GGCCUGUCGGGGCGGCUGCCGCCCUGCCGCCGGCCUCAGCCGCCGCGCCCCGCCGCCUCAGGCGAGGCUGCGCGUAGGGCGGGAAGGCGCCGGUGGCUGCAUCGGACACCGCGGGGGAUCUGCCUCUGCCUUCCGUCUGCAGGUCUAACUGGCUGGAGUUGUCCAUCUCAGCUGAUGGGAAAUGUUCUGCCUUGGGGCGUAUCCGCAGUAACUAACAGCGCAGAGACAGAUGGAGAACUGAGGCUAAACCAACCACCCGCUUGUUUUCAGUGAGCAGUAUCCAUCCGUGGCUUGAAUGCCGGGUCUUGUGAAAAACUGGGUGCCGGACUUGCUGUUUCAAUAGCCCUCGCUUAAGUGAGCGCUAGCAGCCCCGCAAGCGCACACGCGGGAACGAAAGCCGGGACCGCGGCCUUCGCCUGCCGGCAGCUGGGCUGGGACCGCCGCCGUUCCUCCGCCAGGCGGGAGGACAAGGCGGGCUAGGGCACGACCCAGGAACGGAGAAGGCGACCCGCAGGUGGGAGCAGGCGGGCUUUCCGCGGGUGACCCGGCAGCAGCGCGGCACGGAGCAGUCCCAACGGUGCGGGGCAAAGGUAGGAGAGGAGUAGACCUAGUGCGUGCUGCUGGCAUCGCCUUGAUAAUGUUGUAUUGAUGGAAUCAUGCCUACAGUUGAAGAGCAUUCAAGUUUGCUGAAUGUGUGGUACCUCAGAAUUCAAUUCUUAAUACAGUGACCAUACAGGAUGAAGGAAAAAUGAUCUGUUUUUCAAAUACUUGAGUUUGUUCUUUGUAACAACAUGGUUUACUGUGAAAAGUGAAAGAAAAAUCUUUCUAAACACUUUAAAGAUAGCUGGUAGGCAUAGCAAAAUGCUUUGUUUGAGGCAAGUUUGCUUGUUUACGCUGAGACACUACCAAGCACGGACUCUGAGUAGUGAUCUGCUUUUGAGCCAGAUAAAUAGCUGCACCCAUGAAGAUGAAGUAUUCAGCCUUGUUGGAAAGAACAAGGCCAGGCUUUCUGAAAAACAUGUGGGAAUUGCAUUGAACAUGCUGUGGCAAUUGCAAAAGAAGAGGCCGCUUCUCUUAAGGACUGGUGACUAUAUAAGAAAUCACUCCCAGUUUCUCACUCUUUGCAUUUUAGCAGAAAACAAGGUGGAACACAUGGAAGAUGAGGCUAUAGUUGACACUCUAUAUAGCAUUCUGAGGCUCAAUGUUGAAGACCAUGAUUCUCUAGCAGAAGUGCUUGUUACAGAAGCAUGGAAAAGAUUAGAAAGGCUUAAUCUGCCAGCUCUGUCUAAAUUCGCACUGUGUUUAUACAAGAAACAUGGACAUUGCAGUCCUGUAAUUGGCAAAAUAGCUCAUAUUGUGGACAUGAAACUGGAUUCUAUAGAGGAUAUAAAGAUCUUGUCAGUUUUGAUGAUCAGCAUAUCUGAUGUUAUCUCAGAGAGUUUUCGAGAUCGAUUACUACAGAAGACAGAACAGCUCUUGGAAGAAAAGGAUGAAGUCCACUUCAACUAUGCCAAAAGAAUACUACAGUUUCUUCAAAAUGUUAAACUGAGACAUCAUCCAUUAGUAGAUAAAUGCAACAAGAUUUUCCUUAAAAGUGCCUCCCAUCUUGAUAUACACAGUAUUAGUCUUAUUUUUGGACUGUACGAGCAGCUGGGGUUUGACAAUGCUGAAUUCCGCUUGGUUGCUAAACAGCUGCUGUCUGAAACUAUGGAUGAUUAUUAUGAUCCUGAAACCUUUGCAAAAUUAUUUUUUACUCUUGGGCCUAUGGCAGGAUCCAAGGUAAGAAACAGGUUGCUAGAAACUGCAGCCUGCAUGGCAGAAGAAUUUAGCAGUCAUCAAGUAUUGGUAAUACUGAAGACAAUGCACAAAAUUAAAUGCAGAAAUUCUCAUCUACUCAAAAAAAUGGCUUCUGUUCUGCACAAACACUUGGAUAGCUAUAAUGUAUUACAGUUGGUAAAGUUAACACAGUACUUGGUGAUGUUGGGUUGCCACAACCUGGAGCUGUUUGCCAAACUAAAAAUGUUACUAAUUGGGUUUUUAAAAUCUAGUGUCAUACCUGCUGAUACUGCUGCAGUAAUUCGUGUUCUGGCCAUACUUCCCUCCUUCCAAGUGGAGGAGAUCGUUAUAAACAAAGCAGCAGCAGUUCUGCCUCAAUGCAGGCUCCAUCACUUGAAUUGCAUUGCUACAGCUCUUGUCAAAUGGAAUCAUUAUGACCAGCUGCACUGGCAAACCGGUUCUGAGCUAUGUGUAAAGCUUCUGCAAAAACUAAAUGACUGUGGAUUUCAGAGGCUUCAGAAAGCCAACAACUUAAAUCUUCUGUUGGAAGAGCUUACACAUGUGAAUGGAGAGUGGUUUGAAGAAGUCCUCAGUGAGGAAACUAUGGCCACGUGUCAACGCUUGAUAGACCAAAUAACAUUGGCAAAUGUAUUACAGUUGUCUUUUUUUCUCAUAAAAACAAGCUACUGUUGUCCUUUAUUACUUGACAGAGUAGCUUCUGUGACUGUUGAAAAUAUAGACAAGAUUCACCCCUUUGAAAUCUAUUUUAUUCUCUUCCUUUUCUCUGCUCUGAAUUAUGACCCUCCUGUCAAUGAAGAGUUCUUUGAGACUUGUAUCCAACAUCUUAUUUCUAACUUGAGUUGUUUUGAAACACACCACUUAGUGCUGCUUGGUCAUGUUUUGGCAGUGGCUGGGUAUUUUCCUCCAGUUCUGAUAAUGAGGAUAUUUAACAUUUCUUUCCUAAGCAAAUUGGAUGCUCAACUUGAAGUCCUGCCUGAUACUCUAAAGCAGAGGGUCUGCUCGCGCCUCAUGAAAUUGAACAGAGCAGUCUGUCUGGAAUGCCCGGAGUUUCACAUCCCUUGGUUUCAUGAGCGCUACUGCCAACAUGUCUUUCGCAACAGCAGUAGCCGAAUAAAUCCACUGCGACAGCAUGUUCACAGAAUGCUGACAGAGAUCUUAGGAGGGAGCCAUUAUGCAAGAAUAUCUGUUCUCACACCAUACUACUAUGAAAUAGAUUUUGAGUGCAUUCUGGAUGAAAAUAAAAAGCCUCUUUCCUAUAUGGCUGAGAAUAUACCUUCAAAUGGUAUGGAGGGAAUACACUUGAGACAUGACAUGAAGGAUGAAGGGAGAAAGGCUCUGCCACCAGGAGCUCAGAGAAUUGCUUUGGAAUUUCUUGAUUCAAAAGCUUUUAGCAAAAAUCUACGACACCUGAAAGGAGAAUCUGCAGUGAAAAAACGACACCUGGAAAUGUUGGGGUACCGGGUAGUUCAGAUUCCUCACUUUGAAUGGAAUUCUAUGGUUCUGUCAACAAAAGGUGAACAGCUAGAAUAUCUGAGAAAGCAUCUAUAUGGAAUACAGUGAUGCCAGACACGUAGUCAAAAGUAUUUUUUUUAUACAAACACUUAAUAUACCAUUAAACUUGUAAUCCUGGAA